AUGGAAAUAACAACUAAUUCUCAACGAAAAGGUUUACCACGUUCACUUCAAUUUCAACGUAUGGAACGUAUUGUUAAAGCCAUGCAACAUCCAACAGCAGGUGUACCUGUUCGUAGUCAAAAAUUAUUUCUCACAACAGUUCCAAAUGCAUUUACGGGUAAUGAUAUAACAGAAUGGAUUAUGCAAAAAUUAAAUGUAAAAGAUUCUGCUGAAGCACUUCAUCUUGCUUCAUUAUUGUGCUAUUAUGGUUAUUUUUUUCAUGUAACAACAAAUGGAGCUGUACAAAUUAAAGAAGACAAUGAAUUAUUUCGUUUUCAAGCACCAUAUUUUUGGGUUUCAACAAAUUGGACUACAGGAAAUACAGAAUAUGCUAUUUAUUUAAUGAAACGAACAUUAAGAAAUCGUCAACGACAUGGUCUUGAAGAACAUGAAAUACGUGCAUUAGAAGAUUUAAAAAAGAAAUUACUUCAUCAAUGGGAUUUUGUUACAAUGCAAGCUGAAGCUCAAUUUCGUGUACUUAAGGAUCGUAAAAAAACGGACAAAACCAUAAUAGAUAGUCAAGAACGAGCAUUUUGGCGUGUUAUGCGUCCUUCGCCGGAUGAAACAUCUGUUUUGGAAAUGGAUAUUCGUAAUGAUUUAUAUACAUCUCGACCAAUGAGACGUGAUGAAGCAUUAAAACGUCGUCUUGAAUAUCUACAACAGGCAUUAACAAAUCGAGUACGCACAAAAUCAUCACAAACACAUCAAAGUUUGUGUGCGUUCUUUGAAGUCUUGAGUGAUUAUGAUCCAUUUUUGGGACAUUGUGCACCGUCCAAUCCAUGGUUAACAUCAGAUACAGAUCGAUGGAAUUUAAUGCAACCUUUAGUUGAAAAUCCUACACAACUUCGUGUUCGUCGUUGGUCAUUUAAUUGUAAAGAGCUUCUUUCCGAUCCAACUGGUGUUCGUGAAUUUAUGAAAUUUUGUAAAGCUGAUUUUUCUACUGAAAGUCUCAAUUUUUAUUUACACGUUCAAGACAUACGAAAUUGUCCAUUAUCACAAAUGAAACAAAAAGCUGAAGUUGUCUAUCGUGAACAUUUAGCACCGAAUGCACCGCAAGAAGUUAAUAUAAACGAUACAAUACGAACGAAAAUUAUCAAACAAUUGGAGAAUCCUAAUCGCGAAAUAUUUUUUGAAGCUGAAAAACAUAUUAUCGAAUUAAUGAAAAAAAAUAGUUAUCCACGUUUUCUUCAAUCCGAAAAUUAUCGUAAUCUUUUACAAAAUGCACCAAAUCCAGUACCAAAGAAAACUGGAAUAUUUCAUUUUGUUAAAGACAAUUAUUUUCGAACAUCAUCGAGUAGUAGUGAAGAUGAAUAUGAUUCUGAUGAUUCAGCUCAUAAGGGUGAAAAUCCAACAACUCCUGCUGCUACUCCAGCAAAUAAAACUCAACCUAGUGGAGCUCCGGCAGCAACUACAGUAAAUGUUGCUGCUUCAGCAGGUGUACCAAAUACAGUAUCAAAUCAAUCGAAUGGUAGUGAUGGAAAUAAAGCCAAUUUACGUAAAUAA